AUGCCUACCCUCGAAGAAUUGGAAAAGAAUAAGCCGGAAGAUGACAUUGAAAUUGAUGAUGAAAUCUUAAAUUCAUCAACUUCUGAUAUCAUUAACAGAACGAGGCUUUUAGACAACGAGAUCAAAAUUUACAGGUCAGAACUAUUAAGGCUUCAACAUGAGAAGUCGGUUAUGGAGGAAAAAGUUAAGGAUAAUAAAGAGAAGAUCAAAAAUAACAAGCAGCUCCCUUAUCUAGUUGGUAAUGUUGUUGAGUUGUUAGACAUGGAUCCUGAAGAAAAUGCAUUGAAUGAAGGUGCCAAUGUGGACAUUGAGUCUACCAGAUCUGGUAAGUCAGCAGUUAUUAAAACAUCCACAAGACAAACAGUGUUCCUACCGAUGGUAGGGCUUGUGGAACCAGAAAAGUUGCAACCAGGGGAUUUGAUUGGUGUGAAUAAGGAUUCAUAUUUGAUUUUGGACAAACUUCCCGCCGAGUAUGACUCCAGAGUGAAGGCAAUGGAAGUGGAUGAAAAGCCAACGGAAACUUAUGCAGAUAUUGGUGGCUUGGAUAAGCAAAUAGAGGAACUAGUGGAGGCUGUCGUGCUUCCAAUGCAACAGGCUGGAAAAUUCAAAAAGUUGGGUAUCAAACCCCCGAAGGGUGCACUUAUGUAUGGUCCUCCUGGUACAGGUAAGACUUUGCUUGCUCGUGCCUGUGCUGCCCAAACAAACGCUACCUUCUUGAAGUUAGCCGCUCCUCAGUUGGUCCAGAUGUUUAUUGGUGAUGGUGCUAAACUGGUUCGAGAUGCGUUUGAGUUGGCUAAAGAGAAAGCACCAACUAUUAUCUUUAUUGAUGAGCUUGAUGCAAUAGGUACAAAAAGAUUUGAUUCGGAUAAAAGUGGUGAUAGAGAAGUUCAGAGAACUAUGUUGGAACUUUUGAACCAAUUGGAUGGAUUUGGAUCGGAUGAUCGUGUGAAAGUUCUUGCUGCCACAAACAGAGUGGAUGUACUGGAUCCCGCAUUAUUACGUUCGGGACGUCUAGAUAGAAAAAUUGAGUUUCCAUUACCUUCCGAGGAUGCUAGGGCACAGAUUCUUCAGAUUCAUGCCCGAAAGAUGUCGGUUGACGGGGGAGUGAAUUGGCAGGAGUUGGCCAGAUCAACUGAUGGAUUUAAUGGUGCGCAAUUGAAGGCCGUUACAGUCGAGGCUGGAAUGAUAGCUCUUAGAAAUGGACAGUCAAGUGUGAAGCACGAGGACUUCGUGGAAGGCAUCAGUGAGGUGGAAUCCAGAAAGAGUAAGUCCGUCUCAUUCUACGCAUGA